AUGGCACAAGCAAAUACACGCAAUGAUAUUACCUGGACUACUAAUAAAGUACGAUCUACUUUUAUUUCAUACUUUGAGUCAAAAGGCCAUAAAUUCACCCCUUCCUCCUCAACAAUUCCUUUCGAAGACCCUACCUUAUUAUUUGCUAAUGCCGGAAUGAACCAAUUCAAGUCAAUAUUUUUGGCCACUGUUGACCCAAAUUCCGAAUUUGGUAAACUGAAAAGAGCGGUUAAUAGUCAAAAAUGUAUUCGCGCAGGUGGCAAGCAUAAUGAUUUAGAAGAUGUUGGAAAAGAUGUCUAUCAUCAUACAUUUUUUGAAAUGUUAGGCAAUUGGUCAUUCGGUGAUUAUUUUAAGAAAGAGGCUAUUACCAUGGCAUGGGAGCUUUUAAUCGAAGUAUACGGACUUCCAAAAGAUCGCCUUUAUGUAACUUAUUUUGAAGGUGAUGAAAAAUUAGGUUUACCUGCUGAUUUAGAUGCCAAGAAAUUUUGGUUGGACGUCGGAGUAGAAGAAAGGAGGUUGAUUCGUGGAAACUCCAAGGAUAAUUUUUGGGAAAUGGGCGAAACUGGACCCUGUGGGCCAUGUUCUGAAAUUCAUUUUGAUCGUAUUGGUGGUCGUGACGCUUCUCAUUUGGUUAAUAAGGAUGAUCCUAGUGUACUAGAAAUUUGGAAUCUUGUAUUUAUUCAAUUUAACCGCGAAUCAGAUGGAUUACUUCGUUCAUUACCUAGUAAACACGUUGAUACUGGAAUGGGAUUGGAACGUGUCGUUUCAUGUUUACAAAAUAAAUUUUCAAACUACGAUACAGACAUCUUUUCACCAAUAUUUAUUAAAAUACAAGAGUUAACUGGAUCUAGACCUUAUUCUGGUAAAAUAGGAGCGGAUGACACAGAUGGUUUGGAUAUGGCAUAUCGCGUAAUUGCAGAUCACGUGAGAACUUUGACUUUUGCUAUUACUGAUGGUGGUGUACCGAGCAAUGAAGGGCGUGGUUACGUUUUAAGACGAAUCUUGAGACGUGGUGCACGUUAUGCUCGAAAGAAAUUUAAUGUACAAAUUGGUCAUUUUUUUUCCAGUUUAGUUGACACGGUUGUGAAUGAAAUGGGAGUAGCUUUUCCCGAAUUAACGCAGCGCGUCAGUGAUGUUAAGGAAAUUCUUGAUGAAGAGGAGGAAUCAUUUUCUCGAACUUUAGAUCGUGGAGAAAGGCUCUUUGAUACAUAUCUCCAAAAAGCUAAACAAGCCAAUGCAGGGUUGCUUUCUGGAACUGAUGUAUGGCGAUUAUAUGAUACAUAUGGAUUUCCAGUUGACUUGACACGUCUUAUGGCCGAAGAAAACGGCCUUGGAAUUGAUGAACAGGAAUUCAUAAAAGAACAAGAAAAGGCUAAGGCAUUAAGUCGUAACGCUCGUUCUUCCGGUGGCAGUGACCAAGAAGUUGUCGCAUUGGACAUGCAUGACCUCGCGAAAAUUGAAGAGGAGAAAAUUGUUUCAACAACUGACGAUUCUUUCAAAUAUCAAAACGGCAAUAUAAAUGCUACGGUUAAGGCAAUAUUCUAUAAUCAUACAUUCCUUCAAUCUUCUAACGAUAUACCUUCUGAUAAAAGUUUUGGUAUUAUUCUUGAUCGUACAAAUUUCUAUGCCGAACAAGGAGGUCAAAUAUACGACACUGGUUCUAUUACCAUAGACGGACAGGCUGAAUUUGUCGUUGAAAAUGUGCAAGUGUUUGGUGGUUAUGUCUUGCAUAUUGGUUACCUAAAAUAUGGUAAUUUAAAUGUUGAUAAUGAAAUAGUUGCCACUUUUGAUGAAUUACGACGAUGGCCGUUGAGAAAUAAUCACACUGCUACGCAUAUUCUCAACUAUGCGUUACGUGAAGUUUUGGGUAACUCUAUCGACCAAAAAGGAUCUCUUGUUGCACCAGAAAAAUUAAGAUUUGAUUUUUCAUUUAAAAAAGGUGUCGCGAACAAUGAACUUGCUCAAAUUGAAUCAAUUUCAAACGAAUUUAUAAAAAAAAAUCACAAGGUAUAUUCUAAAGACCUCUCAUUGCCGACUGCCAAGGCGAUACAUGGACUUCGUGCUGUUUUCGGUGAAGUUUAUCCAGAUCCUGUAAGGGUUGUUUCUAUUGGAUACGAUGUUGAAGAUAUUGUGAGAGAUGUAUCAAAUCCUAAAUGGGGAGAUACUUCAAUAGAAUUUUGUGGUGGAACACAUGUCGCGAAAACUGGUGAUAUCAAAUACUUUAUUAUCCUGGAAGAAUCAGGUAUCGCCAAAGGUAUUCGUAGGAUCGUUGCGGUCACGGGAGAAGAGGCACAGCAGGCUCAAAGGAUUGCUGACGAGUUCCGAAACAAAAUUAACACAAUAUCAAAAUUACAAGGCGCCGAAUUAGAUAAUGCGUUGAAAUUAUUAACCAGAGAACUUGACGCAUCAAGUAUAUCAGCUCUUAAAAAAGCUGAAUUUCGUGAAAAAAUACAGAGUCUCAAAAAAGCUUUCUUAGAAGCUGAUAAAGCAGAGAAAGCCGCUCGAACAAAAGAGGCUAUAGACGCGAUAAAUACUUAUUUUGAACAGAAUCCUGAUAAUCAUUAUCUAAUUAAAAAAUUAGACGUUGGAUCCAAUACAAAAGCUAUUGCAAAUGCUAUCGCUCACGUUAAAACUAAUUUAAAAGAUAAAGCUUUAUAUAUUUUUUCGGUUGAUGAAAAUUCUAGUAGAAUCACUCAUUCUUGUUGUGUAGGUAAACCUUUAACUGAAAAGGGGUUAAAGGCUAGUGAAUGGGCUAAGACUGUUUCAGAAACUGUCGGAGGAAAGUCUGGAGGUAAAGAUGAUUCCGCUCAAGGGAGUGGAACAAAUAUUGAUAAACUUGAUGAAGCAGUAAAAGUUGCUGAACAAUUUGCUAAACUUCAAAUUCUUACAUCGUAA